AUGGAAAACUUGGAAAUAGCCCGAGGUCAUAUUCCGUGGUGGUGCAGCUCCUGCAGCACGCUUGUUGGAGAUGGCAUCUCCCUUGGGCAGAGCAAGGAACCGCGUGUGGGUCGUUCAGGCUGGCACAGUCACAGGGUUUCUGGCUUCUCCGAUCCCUCCCAGCCUGGGCAGGUCCAGCCUGCUCGGCUGGGCACUAUUCGAAGGAUUAUUAUCGAGAAUCCUGAUCAGGAGAAGCAGUACCAGUUUUCCCAGCACUGUCCGAUUCCCCAGCAAGUGGAUCAGUGCCAUGCUGAGCAGUCCCAGGUCACGUCCCAGUGCCAGCAGACACAGACCAGCAGCCCCUGUGAAAUAAUUCCAGUCUGCGUGAGUGACGACUGCCAAGGAAAUACAGUGAGGAGGGUAACAGUUCAAACCUGUGAACCGGUGAAUUGCUCUCAGGAAAAUAAUGACCAGCUGGACUGCCGCUACUUUGGUGAGCUCCUUGCUGAACUGAAUCGCAAGACCAACGACUUGCACAGUUGUUUACUACAGCAUGUGGAAAAGAUAGGAGGAAGGAAUCAUGACAUUGAAUUCACCUGUCAGACUGAAGAUAUUGAAGAUUUAAUUCCUAAAGGACUGUCUGAGGCAACAAAGCAGCAGAUUCGUUAUCUCCUCCAGAUGAGAGUGACAUCAGACAAAUCUAUGAGACUCGUGCUUUCCACUUUCAAAAAUCUACGUGAAGAGCUUUGCCACCUGCAGGAUGACCUGGGGAAGUUAGAAACUGACAGUGUCUUACUUAAGAAGGAUUUGGCUUUUAAAGAUUCUCAAGUGAAAGAAUACGAAACUAUGUUGACUUCUCUGAGAGAGAACAAUCGUCAGCAGCAGCAAGGACUCAGAGAGAGCACUGCCAAGUGUCGCGCUCUGGAAGAGCAGCUCCUCUCUCUUCGGCUCAGCGAGGGAGAAAAGGAUUGUCAGCUAAAGGAACUGGAGUACUGCAAGCGUGCCUUGGAGCAAGAGAUCCAGAGCCUCAAACUGCAGACCUGCUCCAAUCCCACACUACAGACCACCACAGAUGAACUCUCUAGCCGUUACGUAGAGAUGAUCAAUAACUUGAGAGAGGAUAAAGAUCGUGAGAUUCGCAAUCUUAGGUCUCAGUUAUGCCAAUUCCAGCAAGAUAUAUCCAGGAGAGAAGGAAGUAACAGUGACUUGCAAAUAAGGCUGCAUGAAUUGACAUCGAUGCUGGAGGAGAAAGAUGCUUUUAUUAAACAACAGCAAGAGGACCUCUUCAGAUUGAAGCAUGAGAAAUUAUCAGGCAGUCAGUCCCCUGGUGUCACAGCUAUCAUCACUAAGAAGUACAGGAAUCAGUAUCCUAUUCUGGGUCUUCUGUCUGAUGACUACAAGGUUACAUCACCAGUCAAUAAAUCACAAACUAUUGUCAUUGAGAGGACUGGAGAGAUCUGGAAACAUGUAUCUGGUAACUUCCUGUUCUUGGUUGUUUUCCUAAGAACAAAAAAAGCUGGUUUCCUUGUUGUGGUGUUUACUGGAGACAGCGAACCAUGCCAGCGCUGA